AUGCGAGAAAAGGGACAGAAGAAAACCACAGAGGACGACGAUGACGCCGACGACGAGGGAAGGCUGGCAGGAGGAGCAGCGCGGCAGGGGUCGAAGCUGCCGCCGCGCGCGCCACCCAUACUGCUGACAGUAGAGGAGGAGCUGGAUGGGGGGAAGGGGUCCAGUACCGUGCCGUUAUCUGAGCUCUCCGCCUUCAAGAUGGCCGCUUUCGUCAGCCACGUGUCGGGGUCUGUUUUCCUGGAGGCGCAAGACGGGGACGUCAUGGAUGCGCUGCUGCGCCUCCCGCGGCGUCGUCGCCCCGCGCACCUCAGCGCGGCCGGGGGCGCCGGUUCCCCCGCCUUCACCUUCCCCCAACCGGGCCUCUCCCCGGAUUGCACCCCCCCGUUUCCGCGCAACGGGUGGAGUUCAUCGCCCUACGCGGAACGCGGGACAGUAGUGGCGGAAGACAUGGGGGGAGCGGGGUGCGCGCAGUGGGGGGAGGGGGCUGCGUGGCAGAGCGAAUGGCAGGCGGCGGAAGGCAUGGGGGGAAUGGGUUCGGGGGAUGAUGAGGAUGAGGAUGGGAUGGGGACGGCUGGCGGGUUUGACUGCGGGGAAUGGGGGGAGGCAGACGCGGGUGGCGCAGAUGCGCAUGGGUCGCACGCGGGGGAAUGGAGCGGGGGAGUUGGGGGAAGCGGAAGCGGAGCCGGAAGUGGCGGUGGAUUGGAUGUACCUGGGAGUGCGCAGAACAAAUCGGGAUCGAAAAGAGGGAGUGGGAAGGGCAGCGGCAAGGGGAGUGCGAGCGGGAGGGGCGGAGGGCAGGGGGAGGCGGCAGUGGAGUACGACCCGUUCGCCCCACUCGAUCCCGAUGACGCAGGGUGCAUGCCGCAAAGGCCGUUGCGGAAAGGCCGGCCCUACCUGCGCGCCAAGCGCAAAACCGACGGUGGCGAUUUGACCAGCAGUCUGAGCGAUCUGGGCGUGUGGCUGUCGUUCCCUCUGCUGGCCGGCAAGGGUCGCGGCAUGAUAUUCCCAGACAUAGAGAGCAUCAUGCAGCGUGCGGUGAUACGCGACAGCAAGAGGCAGCAAGGCGGGGUUCCAAAGGGGAGCUUCGACGGCGGAGGGUCGCAGAAGGUAGGGAGGGAUGGGCGGGAGGAGGGGGGUGGAUGGUGGGCAUGGCAGGCAGGCAGUGCUCUGGAGCCCCCAGCAGGCAACGUCUUCGCGGACCUAGAAGCAAACCCCGACGACGGGGAACGCGCCCAUGGCUCCCACGGAUCCGCGCACAGGGGGGGCGCUGGCGGCGCACACGGGGACGCGAACGCGGGCGCGGAUGGGCAUGGAGCACAAGGAUUCGGAUUCGACGGGAUGGAUAUAGAGGAUGAUGACGAGUGCGGUGGUGACGGUGCAGCGGGGAGCGACGGGGAGGACGGGGAGGGUGAGCGGACGGGCGUGGAGCACACACCGCUUGAUGGUAACCCGUUGCCAGGCAUGGACUGGGAGGCUAACGUUCUGCAUUCCGACACACCCCUGCCGGCGGACCCCUCAGCACCGCACGUGGCAACAGUGGAAGCCAUGCGAGACGCCCAUGUGGCGGAGAUGAUACAGAGGGCGGCGGAAAUGCAGGCGCGAAGAUCAGAAGUGGAAACGAGGGUGGGGGACUGGCAGUCUCGCAUUCUGCCGCUUCUUGAGCAACAGAAACACAUGCAGCAGGAGCAGCAGCGGCAGCAGGAGCAGCAGGAGAUGGGUGAAAUGGAGGGCGCGGGGCAAGGAGCGGAAGGGCGGCAGCAGCAGCAGCUGUGUGAGGACCUGUUUGAGAACGUGAUCAACACUCCACUUGAAUAUGAGGUCAACAAUGGCAACGUGAGUCUCUCUGUGGACCCACACGGCCUCCUACAACCCACCAGCCUCCCUCUCUCAUCCUCCUCCCAUUCCUCCGCCAUAGCCCCUCCUGUUGAAGCGUCCAGUAGCCUCACUUCCACGGCUCCCUCUUCCUCUGCCCCGCGCUGCUAUUCCCGUGGGUCAUCUUUCUUCGUGCGUCUACAUUCACUGAAUCGGCGGCAGGAGGAGCUGCGGGGGUAUGUGGCCCCGGUUUUGACAGAGACUUCCAAGGGCGUGAAUGGGAGGGAGGUUUUGGAAGAGCGGAAUGAAGAGAAGAGGAGGAAGCUGGUGGACGAGAGCACAGAGGAAGGAGAGGUGGAGGAAGCAAGGGAGAGGGUGAUUGGAGAUGAAGAGGAGGAGGAGGAUGAGGACUGUGGCAGAACAGAGAGAGCAGGGGUGGACGAGAUUAGGAGAUGCAGAGAACAAGAGGAAAUGCUGCUUCACAGCAACUGCAAGAGGCAGAAGAAGGAUGGCAUGCAAGCAACAGGAGGUAGUGCAUUGGGGAGCUCGUUAGGAUCACACAGCAAUGUGGGGAGUUUUCAGAGGUGUGCAGAGGCGGUCAGAGGUUCCGGGGCAGCUGCAAGCAUGCUUGGGGCAGGGAAAGCAGCAUCUCCUGUUCCCGUUGCACGAAGGAAGGAUUCGAGAAGCAGCUCUCUGCUGGGAAGACGGGUGGCAGCGAGGUUGGAGCGAUCAAGAUCGUGGAAGGAGAGGCAGAGCGUCCUGCGGAUAAAGCGGAAGCUGGGUGCAGACUGUGUCGUGCAGCCGCUUUUUCCCAUACAACGGGGGCACGCGGAGACUGCCGCCGUCGCCGCUCCUUCCUAUCCUGCAUCGCCUCUGCCUCCACCCCGUCAUAGCCUCUCCCUUCCUCCUCUCCGUCGCCUCUCCCUCCCUUCCCGCCGUCGCCUCUGGUGGGUGCACGAGCAUGAGCGCGGGUUUCUGCACGACCGCACGUUGUUUUCUGAGGCACCGUUGUCUCAGCGCGCUGGCGCCUUGCGCGCUGGCGCCUUGCGCGCUGGCGCCUUGCGCGCAGGUGCCUUGCGCGCUGCGCCUAGCGCGCUGGCGCCUUGCGCGCUGGCGCCUUGCGCGCUGGCGCCUUGCGCGCUGGCGCCUUGCGCGCUGGCGCCUAGCGCGCUGGCGCCUAGCGCGCUGGCGCGUUGCGCGCUGGCGCGUUGCACGCUGGCGCCUUGCGCGCUGGCGCCUUGCGCGCUGGCGCCUAGCGCGCUGGCGCCUUGCGCGCUGGCACCUACCGCGCUGGCGCCUUGUGCGCUGGCGCCUACCACGCUGGCGCCUUGCGCGCUGGCGCCUAACGCGCUGCCGCCUUAG